CAACAAAUUCGCCAUUUUCGUGAGCCUGUGCUUCACUCGUCGAGGUUGCAUUUUCGUUCGUGCGCGCCAGUAGUCAAAUUCUGUUGGGCUUGCCGGCGGGAAAUCUCUCAAGCAAAAAGAAGAACAGCAACAGCACAUAAAACAUCGCCAUGGCUAACAAAGUGGAAGAAAUUCGAGGAUCGAUCGAGUCGUCGCUGAAGGACGAAUCGAAACCGUGGACACAAUUCUUCAAGCUUGCAGAGGAGAAAACGAACGUGCCGCGGCUAUACAUAUUUCUGGGUGGCGUGGCCGUCGUUAUUCUGUACCUUGCCUUCGGCUAUGGAGCUCAGAUCCUCUGCAACGUGAUUGGAGUGGCGUAUCCCGCUUACAUCUCGAUGAAAGCCAUCGAAACCCGCACGAAAGAGGAUGACACUAAAUGGUUAACGUACUGGGUAACGUUUGGCGUGCUGUCGGUGUUCGAGCACUUCUCCUUCUUCCUGGUUCAGAUCAUCCCGUUCUACUGGUUGCUGAAGUGCUUAUUCCACAUAUGGUGUAUGGUGCCGAUGGAAAACAAUGGUUCCACGAUCAUGUACCACAAGGUUAUUCAGCCAUACUUCAAGAAAUACGAAAAAGUUGCGGACAGCUUCAUUAGCGACACCACGGAUAAGCUGAAGCAGACGGCUGGAGAAAUGAUCUCGAAAGUCAAAUCAACCUAACUCGCAUAUCCAGCUGCACUUCUCCCAACUCUCACAACACACAUACACAUAGCUAUAAAGGACCCUCCCGACCUCUAAACCCUUUCGAUGACGGACGAUCGAAGUUUGCGACAUUAGAAAAACAACUGUUAGCAAAUGGACGUAGCAGAGGGAAUGAGCAAGACGAAAAAUUAUAUAAGUCAUUCGCCAUCGUGAAUAAGUA